AGAGAGAGAGAGAGUACUAGCAGAGAUGGGUUUCGAGAGAAGUCAGAUAUGGGAGGGUUUGCAUGAGCUGAAGCCAGCUCUGUUGAUGAUGGUUGUUCAGGUUGCCUAUGCUGGAGUCAAUGUGCUCUACAAAUUGGCUGCCAACGAUGGCAUGAACUUGAAAAUCAUUGUAGCGUAUCGCUUUGUUUUCGCCACUGCUUUCAUUCUUCCCCUUGCUUUCUUCAUCGAAAGGAAUGCUAGGCCAAAGCUAACUUGGAGGAUUCUUUUUCAGGCCUUUUUAUGUGGGUUGUUUGGGGGAUCACUGGUGCAAAAUCUGUAUAUUGAAAGUUUAAAUGUAACAUCAGCAACGUUUGCAUCUGCCAUGAGCAACCUCAUUCCUGCUAUAACAUUCAUUUUAGCCGUCUCAUUCAGGUUAGAGAAGCUGAACUUUGGUAGGUCAUCAGGGAAGGCUAAGGUGUUGGGAUCACUAGUUGGAAUAGGUGGAGCAAUGCUUCUAACCUUUUACAAAGGAGUAGAAAUCAAUAUUUGGUCAACGCACAUUGAUCUUUUGAAACAGAGCCACGUGGCAUCACCAAAGGAAGAGUAUGGUAAUCGUCUCCUAGGAUGCUUAUUGUCUGUGGGCAGUGGCACGUGUUACUCUUUAUGGCUCAUAAUUCAGGCUAAAAUGAGCAAGGAUUAUCCUUGUUAUUAUUCAAGCACAGCUCUGAUGUCAUUAAUGGCGUUAAUACAAACUGUAGCUUAUGCCUUGUGGACGGAGAGGGAUUUGAACCAAUGGAAAUUAGGUUGGAAUAUUAGGCUUCUCAGUGUGGCGUACUCGGGUGCUGUAGCUUCAGGACUAAUGGUGACAAUGAUUGCAUGGUGUGUCCACUUAAGAGGUCCAUUGUUCGUCUCUAUUUUCAGUCCUGUUAUGCUUGUCCUAGUAGCUAUAGCUGGUUCCCUUCUUCUCGACGAGAAGUUACACCUGGGCAGUGUAUUAGGAGGAGUGCUAAUUGUGUUUGGGUUAUAUCUGGUGCUGUGGGGAAAACGAAAAGAGAUGAAGAAGGAACUUCAACUGGCACCAUCACAUAGCUUUGGUGAUCAUUCGGAAUCGAUCGACAUUGUUGUGCUCGCCCCUACUAAUCCAAACAAAUUAAUUAGUAACACCAUCGAUGGCAGCACAACAACUGUGGCACCUAAUGAUUUGUCAUAUGUCAAUAGCUCAUCUCAAAAGGAGCAUCAUCAACCGAAGGAUUCACAAACAACAGACAGAAGAUAA